AUGGCUCCAUAUGAGGCUCUUUGUAGGAAAAAAUGCCAAUCUCUGCUAUGCUGGUAUGAAGCCGGGGAAAAGAGCCUGUUGGGGACUGAGAUGAUAGUCAAAACCACUGAACAAGUUAAGAAAAUCAGAGAUAGGAUGCUCACUACUCAGAGUCGUCAGAAGAGUUACGCAGAUCAAAGGCGGAAGCCCUUAGAGUUUGAGGAAGGAGACCAUGCUUUCCUUAAGGUUACUUCGACAACAAGAAUAGGUAGAUCGAUUAAGACAAAGAAACUAAAUCCUCGAUACAUCGGUCCGUUUCAGAUUCUUGAGAGGGUUGGACCGGUGGCGUAUCGAAUGGCUCUACCACCUUACCUUUCGAACCUGCAUGAUGUAUUUCAUGUGUCGCAGCUUCGGAAGUAUACUCCUGAUGCUAGUCAUGUGUUAGAACCAGAAUCGGUUCAAUUAAGGGAAGAUUUGACUCUGCCGGUGACUCCGGUCAAGAUUGAUGACACAAGUUUUAAGAAGUUGCGUGGAAAAGAGGUUUCAUUAGUGAAAGUGGCAUGGAGUCGAGCCAGUGUUGAGGAGUACACCUGGGAGCUUGAGUCAGAAAUGCGAGCAGACUACCCACACCUGUUCCCAGGUAACUAA